UCUUUGUCACAGAGCUUCACAAACUCUCUCUCUAUCUCUCUCUCUCUCUCUCUCCCUCUCUCCCUCCUCUCCCUCUACAUUCUUUUUCACUGCUCACUGCCCACUCUCACUUUCUCUUCCUCCUUCCAACAAUCACUGCUCACUGCCCACUCUAACUUUCUCUUCCUCCUUUCAACAAUCACUGCUCACUGCCCACUCUCACUUUCUCUUCCUCCUUCCUUUCUUGGUCUUUGCAAAAACACACAUAAAACAACGCCAGUUUAGUAAUUCUCUUUCUUUCUUUAUCUCUCUCGUGAAAAAACAGUAAUAAUGCUCAUAUAGAUCCUUUUCCUUUCACUUCCAAUGCAACUUUCAACAGUACCUUUAGCCAUGCACUACUAGCUUAUUCCCACUACCUUUACAUGUCAGAUAUAUUCUCCUCACAUUAUCAUAGCCAUAGCUAAACACCCAGAUAUAUAUAUAUAUAUAUAUAUGUACCAGAAAGUGUAUUUAUGUGUACCAGAUUAAUGUCAAUGGAGAGCUUUCUUUUAUUGGUUUUGUGUUUGUUUGCCUCUUUCUUGGCUUGUUUCCAAGGCCGCGUAGCAGUUGAAGGCCUUAGUAGUACUGAUAUCCAGCUCAAUGAUGAUGUUUUGGGUUUGAUUGUCUUUAAAUCAGACAUUCAUGACCCAUCUUCUUAUCUGUCUUCUUGGAAUGAAGAUGAUGAAUCUCCUUGCCCUUGGAAGUAUGUCAAGUGCAAUCCUGUCACCGGCCACGUUUCUGAGCUUUCGCUUGAUGGUUUGGGAUUGUCUGGAAGAAUCGGAAGAGGGCUUGAGAAAUUGCAGCAUUUGAAGGUAUUGUCACUUUCAAGUAACGAUUUCAGUGGUGAUAUUAGUCCAGAGAAGGUUGCUCUUCCUGUUGGUCUUGAAAGACUUGAUCUCAGCCACAAUAAUCUUUCAGGCCAGAUAUCAAAUUCAAUUGUGAAUAUGAACACUAUCAGAUUUCUUGAUCUUUCAGACAAUUCUCUAUCAGGGACAGUCCCUGAUAAUCUGUUUGACAAUUGCUUUUCUCUUCAUUACCUUUCUUUGGCAGGGAAUUUUCUUGAAGGAAACAUACCAAAUUCACUUUCCAAAUGUCUCAUUCUCAAUAGCCUUAAUUUGUCCAGCAAUCACUUAUCUGGUAACCCAAAUUUUGCUUCAGGGAUUUGGUUGUUCAAAAGGCUUCGACAGCUAGAUCUCUCAAGCAAUGAGUUUUCUGGGCCUAUACCAGAAGGAAUGUCAGCCAUUCAUAACCUUAAAGAGGUUCAAAUACGGAACAAUCACUUCUCUGGUUCAUUACCUGCCGAUGUAGGACUGUGCCCACAUUUGAAUAGGUUGGAUUUCAGUGAAAAUGAAUUCACAGGAACAUUGCCAGAAUCUUUCCAGAGGUCCAAUUCUUUAACCCAUUUCAGUUUACAUAAUAACAAUCUUGAAGGUGAUUUUCCUCAGUGGAUUGGUAAGUUGAGCAGUUUGGAAUACUUGGACUUUUCGAGCAAUGGUUUCACAGGGAUCAUUCCUUCAUCAAUGGGGGACUUGAAGUCCCUCAAUUAUUUGAGUUUGUCUAAUAACAAGCUUGUUGGGAAUAUCCCAUUGUCUCUUGCUUACUGUACCAAGUUAUCUGUGAUCCAGUUGAAGGGUAACAACUUCAAUGGAAGUAUACCAGAGAGUUUGUUUAAUUUGGGUUUGGAAGAAAUUGACAUUUCAGACAACCAAUUUUCAGGUUCUAUCCCAAAAGGAUCAGGUAGACUGUUUGAGUCUCUGAAAAUAUUGGAUCUGUCAAGGAACAACAUAAGAGGAAAUAUACCUGCAGAAAUGGGCCUUUUCUCUAGCUUAAGUUACUUGAAUUUGUCAUGGAACAAUCUUCGGUCAAGGAUGCCUCCUGAGUUGGGUUUCUUUCAGAAUCUAACAGUGUUAGAUCUUCGAAGCAGUGCUCUAUACGGUCCUAUCCCCGGGGAUAUAUGCGAUUCAGGGAGUUUGGAGAUUCUUCAGUUGGAUGGAAAUUCAUUGAGUGGCCCAAUUCCAGUUGAGAUUGGAAACUGUUCAUCUCUCUCCUUGCUGAGCUUGUCACACAACAACUUAAGUGGUCCCAUUCCCAAGUCCAUUUCAGAGUUAAGCAAGCUUAAGAUACUGAAAAUGGAGUUCAAUCAGCUGACCGGAGAGAUUCCUCGAGAGCUUGGAAGAUUGGAAAAUCUUCUUGAUGUAAAUAUAUCAUAUAACAGGCUAAUAGGCAGACUUCCUGUUGGGAGUAUAUUCCCAAGCCUGGAUGCAAGUGCCUUGCAAGGAAACUUGGGAAUCUGCUCUCCGUUGUUAAAGGGACCCUGUAAGAUGAAUGUGCCAAAACCCCUUGUUCUUGACCCAAAUGCCUACCCCAACCAAGUGGAUGGUAAUGAGAAGCAUAAUGAAUCUUCCAUAUUCACAAAAUCCCAUCACCACAUGUUCCUUAGUGUAUCGGCUAUUGUGGCGAUUUCAGCCGCUUGUCUGAUUGCCAUUGGUGUACUUGUUGUUAGCCUGCUUAAUGCGUCUACAAGAAGAAGGCUUGCAUUUGUGGAAGAUGUAUUGGAAAGCAUGUGUUCCAGCUCUUCACGUUCAGGAAGUCCACCCAGCACAGGGAAGCUCAUUCUGUUUGAUUCUGAAUCACCUCCUGACUGUAUUAGCAGCCCUGCAUCUUUACUUAACAAGGCCUCUGAGAUUGGUGGAGGAGUUUUUGGAACAGUUUACAAGGUUUCACUUGGAGCUCAAGAGAGAAUGGUAGCAAUCAAGAAGCUUGUUACUUCAAAUAUUAUCCAGUGUCCUGAAGAUUUCGACAGAGAAGUUCGAGUUUUGGGAAAAGCAAGACACCAAAAUCUUGUAUCACUUAAGGGAUACUACUGGACUCCACAGAUGCAGCUACUGGUAAUGGAAUAUGUACCAAAUGGCAGCCUACAAUCCAAACUCCAUGAAAGACUUCCUUCAAGUCCACCACUUACAUGGGCAAACAGGUUCAAAAUCUUACUUGGAACAGCAAAAGGACUUGCCCAUUUGCACCAUUCUUUCAUCCCACCAAUCAUCCACUACAACAUAAAACCAACCAACAUCCUAGUUGAUGAAAACUUCAAUGCGAAAAUUUCCGAUUUUGGACUUUUAAGGCUUGUGAGGAAACUUGACAAACACGUAGUGAGCAACAGAUUUCAGAGUGCACUGGGAUAUGUAGCACCAGAAUUAGCAUGCCAGAGCUUAAGGGUCAAUGAAAAAUGUGAUAUAUAUGGUUUUGGUAUAUUGAUUCUUGAGCUUGUAACUGGUAGGAGGCCUGUGGAGUAUGGAGAAGACAAUGUUGUGAUACUAAGUGACCAUGCAAGAGUGAUGCUAGAGCAAGGCAAUGUGUUAGAAUGUGUUGAUCCAAGUAUGAAGGAAUACCCAGAAGAUGAAGUUCUACCAGUUCUCAAAUUAGCCUUAGUAUGCACCUCACAGAUACCAUCAAGCAGACCUUCCAUGGCAGAAGUGGUACAAAUCCUUCAGGUUAUCAAAACCCCAGUUCCACAAAGAAUGGAAAUAUUCUAAAAUCUUGCAUAAGCACAAAACAAGGAGAUUAUUACUUUUCAUCAUCUUUGAAACUAGUACUUCUUUUUUUCUUUUUUUUCUUUUUUAUUUUUUUUGGGCUAAUUUCAAUUAUCUUUUGGAAUGGUAGAAAUAAUUUGCUUUACUAAGUAGCAAAUUAUUGGCAUUCUUUUUUCAAUUAUUGUAAGUUUGUGACCAGUUUGCUCUGCUUAUAUAAAAUUGCAUAAUUUCCUCCCAA